ACAUUUUCGUUGCUGCAUAUGUGCUAUCUUCAGGUCCUUCACCAACAACCAAACCAUUUUAUUUUUAGGCAUAAGGGUUUGUUUAGAAGGUAAAGAAACUUUGAGUCUUCGAUAAAAAGGGGAAAAAAAAAAGUUAAGGAACAUGAUCGGCGCUCAACAAUUCAGAACCCAUUUUUUUGUUCCUAACCUGCCAAAUUCAAUCACGAGACCUGCGGCAAUUCGUGUUGCUUCUCCGCCGUCGAUUUUAGGUACACGAAUCACUGCGGUUUCGGCAGCAGGAGCCCCGAUUGCAAUCCCUUGUGGAGAAGGAGGAGAUGGCGGCUGCAAAACGUUGUUGCUUCCAUUGGGACUUUGUAGGGAGGCAUUGCCGAAGCACGUGGCCGUGAUAAUGGAUGGGAAUGGACGGUGGGCUGCUUCAAAGGGAAUGCCUGCUGCCGCCGGACAUGAAGCAGGUUGCAGAGCCUUGCAGGGGAUGGUCAAGCUCUCCUGUAAAUGGGGAAUCCGAGUCCUCACCGUCUUCGCCUUCUCUUCGGAGAACUGGCACCGCCCCAAGCCUGAGGUUGAUUUUUUGAUGAUGCUCUUUGAAAAUGUCUUCAAGAGCUUAUCGGGAGAUUUUCUGAGGGAAGGUAUUCGAAUAUGCAUCAUUGGUGAUUCUUCAAAACUUCCAAAAUCUCUGCAGAAUAUGGCUACAGAGCUGGAGGAAAUUACACGCAACAAUUCACGGCUUGAUUUAAUUAUUGCUUUAAGCUACAGUGGAAGAACUGACAUAGUCCAAGCUUGCCAGAAGAUUGCUCAGAAGGUGAAAAACGGGAUACUUAAACCUGAAGACAUAACCGAAUCUCGGGUCGCGCAAGAACUAGAUACAAGUUGUGCUGCUGGUUAUGCUUACCCUGACCUCCUUAUCAGAACUAGUGGUGAACUGAGAUUAAGCAAUUUCUUAUUAUGGGAAUUAGCAUACACUGAGCUUUACUUUGCACAGUCACACUGGCCAGAUUUUGGAGAAGAUGAAUAUGCUGAGGCUUUACUUGCAUUUCAGAAAAGACAGAGGCGAUUUGGUUUAAGAACCACUUCAUAGUUCAUAGUAAUAACUUUUGGGAGUUUGACAAAAAUAUUUUCUAUUUAUCUUUCUUUUGAGGUGGGUUAUUAUAGGUUUCCCUUGUUUCUACUUGUUACAUACUCUACAGCCAAGCAAAGAAGCUCAUCCUUCUGCCUCUGUUUAGAAAUGUUAGUUAUUCUGCCUUAGGAUCAGUCACUACCCACGUUACUGUUUUGACAGUUUUUUUAUUCCAUUUUCCUGUGACUAAUCCUAAUUACUAGGUAGUUAUGCAUUCAGUUUUAGGUUUUUCAAUAAUUUAAAAACUAUAUGCUUUUAUCA